ACACUCUCCCGGUCGGCGAAAAGACGCAGAAACAUACUUCACAAGCUGAUAACAUGACAAUAAGAAAGAGCCUUUAUUAGCAGAAUAUUCAAUGGUUUAAUGUUACAGAACAUGUCAUCCUACGAACCCCCUGCCAAGAGGAUCCUCCACAGCGGCUAUUUCAACCCCACGCUGAGGCAAUGGCAGACCUCCAACACAGAGAUCCAUCCUUGGAACCUGAUGUAUCCCAUCUUUGUUGUGGAUGAUCCUGAAGCAGAGCAGCCAGUGGCAAGUCUUCCUGGAGUUUCUCGUUAUGGAGUCAACAAACUUGUAGCUGCAGUGAAGCCUCUUGUCGAGCUUGGCUUGUCGUCGGUGUUGCUAUUUGGGGUUCCAUCGAAGAUGCCAAAGGAUGAGCGUGGCAGCAGUGCUGACUCUCCUAACACACCGGUCAUUUUGGCCGUCAAACUUCUGAGAGAAAACUUCCCAGACUUGCUGGUUGCAUGUGAUGUGUGUUUGUGUGCUUACACUAGUCAUGGUCACUGCGGCAUCUUGAAGGCAGAUGGAAGCAUUGACAAUACACCGAGCAUCAAGCGCUUGGCUGAACAGGCAACUGCAUAUGCUAAAGCAGGUGCACAAAUCAUUGCCCCGUCGGACAUGAUGGAUGGUCGUGUUGGAGCAAUCAAGUCGUCCUUGAAAGAAGCAGGCUUGGCCAGCAAGGUGUCAGUCUUGUCAUAUGCUGUCAAGUUUGCAUCUUCCUUCUAUGGACCAUUCAGGGAUGCAGCCAAGUCUGCUCCUGCCGCUGGGGACCGGAAGUGCUACCAACUGCCUCCUGGUUCUUCUGGGCUGGCACUCAGAGCUGCUGAAAGAGACGUGGAAGAAGGUGCUGAUAUGCUGAUGGUCAAACCAGGCAUAUCAUACCUGGACAUCGUACGGCAGACAAAAGACCGCUUCCCAGAGUACCCUCUCUUUAUAUACCAGGUGUCGGGAGAGUAUGCAAUGUUGUACCAUGGGGCUCAAGCAGGUGCCUUUAAUCUUCGUGUUACCCUGAUGGAGGUGCUCACCAGCAUGCGGCGAGCAGGGUCGGAUGUGAUCAUUUCAUACUUCACACCAAAAGUGCUGGAAUGGCUCAAGGAGGAGAAGAACAAGUCAUAAUAUAAUUUCUCCUGAUUUUGUUGUACUUUGUCCUACACUUGUAAGAGGUCGUAUGCACACCAAAAAUCUGAAUUCCAUUUUCAUGACAGAUAUUAUGUUUUUUUUAUUUUCAUAUUUACUCUCUUCUGUCAAAUUCAGAUAGAUGAACCAUAGGACUUGUUACAUGGUUUAGAAGAAACUGCCAAUGAGAAGAAAAACAAAUCAUUCAUUUAUAGAGCGUAGUUCUUGUUAGAGGCUUUGGUGUCGGGAUUUUUUUUUUAGGGAAAUUGCACACAAGCAGAUGCACGAAAAUCAUUAUCACAAAGUGUGUUUUCAUUACAGUGAGGAAAUGAUCAUAGUCAGAUUUUCCAUAAAAGGCAUUUUUUGAUAAUUUAAAGGUUGUUUAUAUUUUGUUGAGCGCUAAGCAUAGCUUCAUAGCAUUUAUUUAUAUAUUUGUAUGUUUGAUUCUGUGAUAGGUUGACUGGAAAUUUACGUAUGGUCCAAGAAUAAGGGAUUUAACAUCAAAAUUGGUUACUACUUAAAAAGACAUUGGAGGGUACUUAUCCAUUUGUACUUCAACCUCUGGCCCGGUGUGUGUAGCAUUUUGUAUUCUUUUUGUACUACCAGCUGAUUUUUUAAAAGAACAUAGUGGGCUGCUCCAGUGAAAACUAUGUAAUUAUUUCUGAAUAUUGAUUAAUUGUAGUUGUAUUUUGAUAUAAAAUUGUUUGUACUUAGAGAUGUUAAUAAUAUCUUGACAGAAUAAAUAGUAUUUACA